UAACACUGCUAAAUGGAUAGUGUGGCAACAAUCUGUACUGACCUUCUGUUCUUUUGAUUGCUACUUCCUCUUCUCCUAUUUAUCUAGUGAAAUAUUACACUACUAAGCAGAUUUAAACCUUCAUACAUGAUAAAGUCUUAUCUCAAUAAAGACAACAAAAUAAGAGAAUAGAGGUAAAUGAAGUCACUGGAGCUCCUGUCAUUCCAGUUGUGAGCCACUGCAACAUGUCUGGAGAACUUGUUUAUGCCUCAGUUGUCUUUCCCGAGAAUACAAAAAAUGGACCAACAGAACCAGGACAGGAGAACACUACUUAUGCCAAUGUGAAGUUGGGAGGAAAUCCUGAUCUCAGAAAAAAGGAUCAAAACAUAAGUGUUAGAGAGGAGGAUACCACAUACGCUGCCGUGAAAACUGGGAGGAACCCACAUCCAGAGCAAAAGGGAGACAAAUAUAUGAGAGUAUCCUCUGUCAGUCUGAAGGAAAAGAAGGUUUCAUCAAGAUGGAUCCAAUUUCUUCUGCUGGUUUUUUCUUUUAUCCUGCUGGUCAUUAUCAUCAUUGUACUGGCCAUAUACUUGGCACAGAUCACUCAACAGAUCCAUGACAUGACAGCUCUUCAGAUGAAGUAUUUGACUUUAAAUGAGAGCUUCACAAACGUCACAACAAGAUACUCAGAAGUUGGUCGACUCUGCGCUGGACACAGUGUUUCAGCUGAAUGGACUUGUGUUUUCUGCCCAGAGUCAUGGCUGAAAUUUGAAAAAAAGUGUUAUUACAUCUCCACCAAUAACCAAAUGAGCUGGGAUUCUAGUCAGGAUAAAUGUGUCUCUCUGGGUGGGCAUCUGGUGAUCAUAGAAAGUACCCAAGAGCAGAAGUUUUUAGAGAAGUCAACAGUAAAAAAUAUGCACUACUGGAUUGGACUUAAUAAUUUGGCCACAGAAGGAGGCUGGCGGUGGUUGAACAACAAGACUCUUGAUGGCAAGAUAACGUUCUGGAGCACACAGUAUGGUAAGCAGCCUGAUAACUACAAUGGAGCUGAGCAUUGUGUAGAAGCCUCAAAUCAUGAAGAUAUUUUGGACUGGAAUGAUAUAACAUGUGGCACUCAGUAUAUGUGGAUUUGUGAGAAAGCAGCUGGCAUCCUCAAAUCAUAAAAAACAGUUGGAGAGAAGGAAAGAUGAGGAUUUGCACAACUUUAAAGAAUCUUCAGCGGUUGAUUUGUUUUGUAAGUUUAUAACGGAAAUUAAAAAUGAGAUAGUUCUUUAUAAUGUAAUGAAACACAUGAAAAAUGAACCCAAUGUGUGAACAGUGGCCUUAUGAUGCAGUGGUUACUGCUGCUACUUUGUGAAAGCUGAGGUUUGGAUUCACUGGACACUUUUUGUGUGGAUUUUGGAAUUUCUACCUAUGUUAGUGUAGGUUUUCCCUGGGUACUUCUUUUUUCUCCAAAUCCUAAAGAUGAACAGGUCAGUUUAGUUGCUGACUGUGAACUGACCCAAUGUGUGUGUGUAGUGAGUGGGGCUCUGGGAUGACUUUGGUUCCAAUCUAGGAUUAGUUUUUGCCUUCCGUUUACUGAAGCCAGGGUAAUCUUCCAGUUUUAGAAUAACCAGAUUCAGAAAAUGUACAGAUGCAAUUGUUUGAAUAGCAUUAUUCUGAUCCACAGCUAUCAUCUAAUAUUUAUUGUAGAAAAUAAUGUGAUGGGUUUUAAAAUAAUGUUUUAUCAUACAAAAUUAAGUAUAAUGUGCAGAAGCAAAUUUUUUGUUUUGUUUUUAGAUAUUUGAAUCCUAAGAUUAUUUCUGUUACUAUCAUUUAAUACCAAUCACAAAGCAAAAAUUAAAAAUAAAACUGUGAUGCAUCUGGAAAACUUCCAUCUGUCAGCAGUGUACACAAGAACUGCAGAAAAAUAAGCUUUAAAGAUUUUUCAGUUUGAAUUAAUCAAAGUGUUCUUACUAAGUUGCUAUAAAAAAUAAAAAAAGUUUGAUCUAGGACAAUUACAGAUAUGUGCCAUAAAAAUGAUAAUUGUGCAAAUUGUUAGAAAGUAUUUUAUAUCUUCUAAGUUGUAUUCUUUUCACAAUGUAAAGUAUGUGUUAGUUUAUUUUAAAUAAAUACAACAACUGCAAAGUGAUCAGUUUUUUUUCUAGGCUGCAAACCUUAAUUUUUGUUUUUAUACAUUGCCAGAGUGAAUGCGUGACAUAUGGUGUAGCCGAGUAAAUUCUGUUACUACCAGAUAUGUUAUGUUUAGCUACAUCAGUCACUGGAAUAUGAAUAAGUUAUUAUUUUUACUACU